AUGACCGAGAUGACUCGCCUUGCUCGGCUCAGGCCAGGCAACGUAGGCAGCCUGGGUCUCCUGCCAAUCGAGAUCUGCAACAAGGUCUACGCCUUCCUCCUCGCCGACUUUGAUCCAUGCCCACCGGCAGUCAGUUUCGCAAAAGUCGCGCUUGAUGACGUUCUGGAACAGCCUCUUCGCUCCACGCACUCGAUCGAGACCGCAAUCCUGCGGACCAGCAAAGACGGCCACCGUGAAGCCUAUGAUCUAAUGGUCAAGAUGAACCACUUCGUCCACGUCAGGUCUGUGGGUACGCCUAUGCGCCUGCUGCUGGCAACCACGUCAACCCCCAUCGUGACCGGAGACGCGAAGCGCGCCGGGCGCUUCAACGGCUAUGUCCUCGACGUCCGCAUUACAUCCUCCUCGCAAGGGCAACUCUUGCCGCCGCCGGGUGGGUGCGAUCCGUUCGAAGCCAUGAUGCUGGCUAGGGAUCUAGACAAGCUUUGCGAAGGCCUUGAGGACGGCGGCUGCGAGAUGUUCAAUACCGAAUUCAGCAAGGUAUUGGUUAUGAUACUGAUCGUUGGCCCUGUUGUCCUCUCCAGUCAUCAGCGUACGGAAUACAAAGAUUUCGACUUGUUGGCCCAGCAUUUCAGCGAAAAGACUCAACAAGAACUACUGCAGCCUUUCGGUGAAACUUUACGCGAAGUUCACAGUGUCCAGGUGUCUGGUCGCGUCUCGGACAACAUUGCCAGGUCGACCUCGGAGAAAAUCGCCUCGAUCAAGUACAGCAGUCCCCAGGAGGUUCUGGAUCGCCAGGCUGCUAGAAAGGAGGCUGGUACGCAGUAUUUUAAGAAGCACGAUUUUGUUCUUAGCGGCAAGGCAUGGACGAAGGCUAUCGCUGACAUAGACACGCUGCGCAAAGGCAAUCAAUGGUCUAGACUCGUACACGAGGGAGGCCAACAAUUUAUCGAUCAAUUAGCGGAUCUGUACUUCCGCCUCCACCUCAACCUCGCCCAUCAAUGCAUGUCCAUCUUUAUCACGCUGCCCACUGAAGCCUCCGCUAUAGCAAACAUUUUCUUGACUGCAACGACUCGCUCCUUGGAGACAGGGUACUGGAAGGAAGGAUUUACCUGGCGGCCGUCGGACGAGCUCCGCGCAAAACUGCAUUUCAGGAUGGCACGCGUCUUCAGGCUGCAAGGCGAUCGCAAUUUUGCCCAGCGAGCCAUGCACGAAAUUGAUGAGGCUUUACUGCUCCGUCCUGGCGACCCGGCCAUCUUGAAGGAGCGUCAUGACUUGCAGGCGUGGAUAUCCCAAGCACCUGCAUAG